ACCCAACCUCACAGUUGCUGGUUGCUGUUCUUAACCUGCAAAGUUGAAGUUCGUUUUCAAAACAAUCAUCUUAUUAAUUGAGGAUUUCCUAAUGUGAGGCCAGCGGCCCGAAAAAUGCCUCGACCGGACACGAAUUUCACCUGCUGCGUGUGUUUGGGCGCAGCCCUAAAUCUGAGCAAACUCUCCUGCAAGGACGCGAACAAAGUCUCCUGGCACACCAAGCUGCAGUUUUGCAUAGCAGAAAUUGAAUGGCCAAUAUCCUACUUCAUAUGUGAAGAGUGUGCCAAGCUGCUAGAGGUGGCCUACAGUUUCAGGGAGGCCUGUUUGAGGGCCGAGGAGGAGCGCCAGAGGAACGAGUACCCGCAGCAGUUGAAGGAUGAAGUUAAAGAGGAGCAGGAGGUGGAGAAGGCUGACGCUAGUGAAGUUGAGGACUACGCAGCAUCUAACAGCGACCAGGACGAUCAGCCAGAGACCAUCAGCUAUGGCCUGCAGAGGAAGAAGAAGCGGAAAAAGUUGCAGUUCUCCUGCGAGAAAUGCGACAAGGUCUUCAAUUCUAGCAUAAAACUGGUGAAUCAUUGCGUGAGCGAUCACGACAUGCAGAAGCUAGAUGUCAGGCCGUUUAUCUGUGAUAGGUGCCCCAGCAGGUUUUGCAACUCGUCCAACCUGCUUCAGCAUGUCAAGUACCACGACGCUGUGAGGUCGAAUAUGUGCACGUACUGCGGCAAGGGCUUCAUUACGAAAACUGAUCUGAACAUCCAUGAGAAGCAGCACUUGAAUAAGCGCGAGUACCGCUGUGAUGAGUGCGGCAAGUGUUUCAACACCCACAAAGAUAUCAGAUCACACAAGCUGGUUGUGCACACGGACUCGACCACUUGGAAGUACUGCUGCGAGAUCUGCAACAAACCGUUCCCAAUCAAGUCGAACUACGACAGCCACAUGAGGAGACACACUGGCGACAAAAAGUUCGAGUGCCACUUGUGCCAGCGCAAGUUCACCGAUAAAUGCGUGCUCCAGAGGCACAUGAGGACACAUUCCAACGUGAGGGAGUACAAGUGCACCUACUGUGCCAGGGAGUAUAAGGACCAAAGAGUGCUGAAGGUGCACAUGGCCAAAAUCCACUCAAUCGGCCUCGGCCAGAUCAAGAUCCCGCUCAAGGAGAAAAAGUACAUCUGCCACAUCUGCCCCAAGUCCUACUACGCGAAGAACAAGCUCACCCGCCAUUUGUACACCCAUUCAGGGGAGAAACCCUACGACUGUCCCAUGUGCGGCAAGAAGUUCAACGAUAAAUCCUACGUAAAGCAGCACUUGCGGAAAACGCACAACUUGGAGGAGCUGCAAAACGAGAAAGUCGACUUUUUGGCGCCUCCGGACGCGUUUUGCAAAACGGAGGCAAACGUGGAAUUUGCAAGGUAAAUGGCUGAUUGGUGAAAAGGACUUGGCGCUGAUUGUUCUAAGACACGGAAAGUCGAAAAAAAACCCAGCUACAGUAAGUUGAUUGGUUGCUGAGACAUCAGGACUAAAGGCUUAAUCACUAGACCCUUGGUUUCCAGUGCAUCUCGAGGGAUAAAGUUUAAAAGCGCGUUCAUUCGGGAACACUUUGGAACCGACUAGUGGCUUUUUGUACAGAUUUCGCCGUUGCUUGCAGCUAGUUUACAAGCAUUUGGUCAGUUUUUCCGUAUAUUUUGGGGUUGUUGGGAUUCAGUUGCUUUUAACUUCUACCCCAUUAGCAAAAGUGGAACUUUGAAGGCACCAUUUGAAAAGGCAUUCUUUUCUACAUAAAAACGCCCCUUUCAUCAAAAGCCUAAAUUCAACCGUUUUUGAGAAAAACGGGCUCUGAUAGUAAGAAACAUGCAGCUGGCAGCAUGGGUUUUUAUCGUAAAAUCCUCUUUGAUCUGUGGAAUAAGGGUAUUUUUUGGUGUUGAAAACAACGGCUCUUCAAACAGUGUCUUUAAAUGGUCAUUUAGCCAGUUAUUUCAGUUUAUUCAGUUUGGAUGAUCCUGCAUAGGAGACGGUUAUUAUAUUGGUUUCUAAAAUAUUAAGGUUAAGUGCAAUUUAACGAAAUACUGCGCAAAGUGCAAGAAUCGGGUUAAUUUUCGGAAAUUUUUUAUUGUAAAUUUUUUGUAUAAUACACUUUAACACAUUAAAAUGCAUUUAUUAAUAAAUUUGAAAGAGUAUUUUAAGAAACAUGUGUAUUAAUCAAUUUUCGUGAAUUUUGGUUUCUAAAUAAAAAAUUAA